CGGGAAUCAUACAAAAUAUCAGGCGUGAAAUCUAAUCAAUUGUGCCGGGGAAAGAUAAUCAAUUACUGAGGGGAAUCCGGCUAUUGGUCCUGAAAUUUCCCGUUAUAUUUCUCGGCCGGGAAAAGUUGGUCCGUCACAUGUGACACUUGCCCCACCAUAAUUUCCUGAGUUUUCUUCUUGCAGUACUCCACUUCACCGCAACAUCCGAUUUCCGACACCUUAUGGAUGGGUCGAAGACAUCUUACCUCGUUCCGAUGAUCCUGACUUCGCUGACAAGACCGACGAGCGUUUACUCUGGCGAGGGACGAAUACCGGUAUUCAUCAUUCUCCACGGACCCGCUGGCAGAGCUCUCAUAGGAACACCCUCGUGAGAACGGUCAACGAGGUUAAUGGAACUCUUGAUUUCCUCGUUCCACCUAAUCUUGGAUACGAAGAUCGACCUGUCGAUAACCCCAAGACGGCGCGGAGAGCACGAUUGAAUCCAGCGAUGAUGGAUGCGGCAUUCGUUCGAGAACCAUCGCAGUGUGACGAGCCAACUUGUAGCCAAAUGAAGCAGGUAUACGAGUACAAAAACAUGCAAAGUAUGAAAGCUGCAGGCAAUUACAAGUAUGUUCUCGAUAUGGAUGGCAACGGUUGGUCUGGUCGUUUCAAGCGUCUAAUGACCUCAAACUCCUUGGUUUUCAAGACCACUAUAUACCCCGAGUGGUUUGUAGACUGUGUAAAACCAUGGGUGCAUUAUAUUCCGGUGCAGGUGGAUCUAUCGGACCUCUAUGACUAGUUGAUAUUUUUUCGCGGGGACUCUAAUGGUGAAGGUGCUCAUGAAGAGCUCGCACGGCAGAUCGCAUUGCAAGGUCGGGAAUGGAGCAAAACGUACUGGCGCCGAGAGGAUAUCAUUGCAUAUUCCUACAGAAUGUUUUUAGAGUAUGCUCGGAUCAUGAGCCUCGAUCGAGAGGCAAUGGCCUACCAGGGCGAAGUCGAAAUACACUUUAAUCGAUGGAAAAAAGACGAUGCUAUCAUGCAGGACUCACUUUUGCAAUGAGAAUCUCCAUGGAGCUCCGAUUAAUUAGUCAAUUGCGCAACAUGCAACCUCCGCCCCCAGAACUCGCUCACAUAUAUAUAUAGUAUACAUGCAUGCUU